AUGAGUUACCAAGUCCCUUUCUCUUCAAGUCCGCCAGCCACACCAGACCGAAGAUCAGGCAAUGGGAAGAAGAGUUUAUUCGCCGUAUCGAAUCCUUCAACUACUCCAGCUGGGCCACCACCUUCAUCUGCUGGGUCUUUUACCCCAGCUGGGCCUCCGCCAUCGUCCUUCUUCGGCAGCUCUGCGAUUGGUACUACCGGCGCGAUAAAGCCCCUCUCCUUCUCCCAGCAAAACAUUUUCAAUCCUUCGCAGAGCGCAUUCAACGAGUCCAAUUCUUUGCCAUAUCCCGACUCCUUGCGCUCCUCUAUAGAAACCCAGCGCUUCCCUUCCGGCAAGGAAUAUCAAGCUUCGGCCCAUGGUGGGUUCCAAGUUCCCAGCGAAGGCAGCGAAGACGAGGAUGAUGAUAGCGAGGUGGAAUAUCCGGAAGACGACUAUUAUCAGUCUCGGGCCCUUAACAAAGCUUAUGGCGACUUAGAUGCGGAUGCGGAGCCUGAUGAAGAAUAUGAAGACGAUGCAGAUAUGGACGACUACCGGUCUGAUCUGCCCGGGUCAAAAUCGAACGGACAGCACACCAUUUCAGAUCUGCAGCUUUACGCUCCUGGGGCAUUAAAGAGAAGCAGGGUUGGGGGCACGUUGAGCUUGAGGGAUUCCUCAAUUGAUGAAGCCUCGAUGUUUGGAAAUAUUGCCAAGGAUCUAUAUUGCCAGAUGGGAUUACCGGAAAUAGAUGAGAGCGAUGACCUGAUAUUGGGUACCGAAGCUAUAAUUACAAGGCUUUACGAGGAAGGAAUCGAGUACCCACGCGAUGUUCAGCAGACUUUGAGCGACGUUUCCGAGGAGCUUACAAUACUUUGGGCCGAGUACCAUGACAGGACCAAAGUUUAUAAUUCUGAGGAAUAUACGACUUCUAUUGGGCCUGGGCCUAAUGAGUUAAACUUUGCGAAAGCCAACUUUCUAGGAUGCCUUGCGUUGCAGAUCCACCACCCGUCUUCUGAACCCAAACCCAGGCCACUCACACAGACGAUGUUAGAAUGGAUGUACAAGUAUCACGAUCCUUACCCGUCACAAUUUGAGGAGGUUCAAGCGCACAGGCCCAGUCCUGCCAAUCACCGGCUCUUCUGGGAUACCGUCUUUAACGGGCUUCUUCGUGGGAAGGUGGUAGCAGUUGUAAACAUCCUAAAAACCGCCGGGUGGAGACACGCUCGAGCUGGGCUAGACGAUAUUCGAGAUACAUCUGGAUUUGCUGGUCAAGCGUUAGCCAACGUUGAAAUGGUUGUUAAUGCCGCGACUCAGGUCCUUGCCCAGUGUCCGGCUGUUAAUGGCGACUGGAAUAUACGUGGUAGUGAUUGGACACUCUUCCGCCUUAGAGUUUCUCAGGCCUUGGAAGAGCUGAAAAGCUUUGCUGAAGGCCGGAACAGAGACCGUGAGGACUCGGCAACUUUUGAACGAAGCAGAUUCGGCAUGCCUAACGCCAGCACAACGGCUGCCUAUAGCAGGAUUGCGAGAAAGGCUGAAAGUAAGGUUCCAUGGCAUAUCUAUCAGAAUCUUGUGACGCUCUACAACCUUGCAAUGGGCGAUACCAAUGCCAUCGCUGAGAAUGCCCAAGACUGGUGUGAAGCUACUAUUGGCUUGCUGGUCUGGUGGGAUGAGGCUAAGGAUGAUCGGCGAGUAGCCUUGGGCCGAUCUCAUGCUCAUCACGCAUCUAGGGAGUCUGAUGGAGAGAGCUAUCUGCGCAAGCUUCGAAGAGCAUUCGAGUCUGCAACUGCCGAGACAACGGAUUUUGAAGUCAACACACUGAAUCCGGUCGAGGUUGGACUCGCUUCACUCUUUGAAGGGGAUUUUGAAGCAGUUAUAGGAUUCAUACGAGCGUGGUCAGGCCCCCUUUCUUCUGCUGUUGCAGAAGUGGCUACCAUCGGUGGUUGGUUACCGCCAUCUGAGCCUCAAAAUCUUAUCGCCAUGGGCAGUUUGGACGAGGAUGAUAUGGAUGUCCUCGGAAUCAAUCCUUCUCUUACCAAAUCGGAUGGAGUCAAGGACCAGACCCUUAUUGCUUACGCUAGGUCUCUAUCACGCCGGGGAACGCUUAAGCGUUUGCCCAAUUUCGGCCAGCCAAAGACUACCAGGGAAGGUUGGGAAUUAGCCGUUGCCAUUCUAGGACGACUCGACUCUGCUGCUCGCUCAGAAGAGAUGGUUUCAGAUUUCUUGAAAAACUUCCAUCUAGAUUCUUCCCAUACGGUUGACAGACUUUGGGUUUUACUCCAGGAUAUUGGGAUGGGUCGUCACGCUGAGAGUACGGCAGAGUCAUAUGCCGAUCAGCUUGCGGAAGGUACUCAUAAUUACGGCGAGGCAAUGUGGUAUUAUGCCCUUUCCCACAAGCCGGAGAAGGUCAAAGACGUGUUGGACCUCCUUAUCUCGUUUUCCCUGGUGCAAUCAAUGGCAUUUCCGCCAACUGCUGAACUCGAUGAUCAUUUAAGGAGGGUUAUAGAAUCCCCCAAAACGGCCCUAGUGGAAUUAUCUCAGAUGGAUAUGGAAGCUGCUGAGCUUCUCCACAAAAUGUUAAGCGGCUAUGCCACUCUCAGGAAGUUCUAUGAUCUUCGAGAUGAAGAACUCGUGCCGGCUACAGGAAGCAAAUCUCGGAAGGGAACUGCGUCGAAGAAAGCAGAAGCGGCCGCCGCAUUGUUGGCGGUCAUAACAAGCUCGGAUGAUAACAUUCGCGGCGGUUUAUACGACGAGGAUCGAGGUGCAGUUGUGAGCGUCGACUUCCUUUUGGCCUUGUUAGGAGAGGCGAUGGUGUUUGUCAACCAGCCGGAUAGUGUUAUCACCGUUUCUCAAAUUGAUAUCCUACUCAAGGCCAUUGAGGACCUUCAAGUAGCUGGACCUCGAGUAUAUUCGGCCUGCACAGAAUUCCUGGGGACCGUAAUCGCAUCAGCUACAGGCCUCAAAGGCUCAUCUCCAGCUGAUAUGCUCCGGAAAUCAACCUCAAAUGCGAGCGGAACAAGCAGCUUCUCGAUGGUUGGCAGCUCAAUGCUUGCUUCUCAACUUAAGCAGUCAAUGGGAAGCAGUGGAGUCUUAGUGAAGGGUAAUGUAAAGCGGGGGUGGGAUUGGCGACGGGGGAUCUCGGCCACCACGACUGGAGAUGAUGUACUGCGAAUCUUGAGACUUGGAUUGGCACAGUCCCUUGCGAAGGCAUGGCUUCGAGAGGCUGAUGGUGUAUUGUAG